AUGAGAUAUGCAGACUCCAGAGUCGAAUUUGCCCGGCCCUUCCCUGAGAGGCACGGCCGGAGACGUGAGCGGGAGACCUGGGAACUGCGAGGGCCGCGCGAGCGUCGCCGCGAGCGGGGUGAUCGCGGAGAGCGUGGAGAGCGUGGAGAGCGUGGAGAGCGUGGAGAGCGUGGAGAUCGAGGUGAGCGUGGUGAUCGCGGCGAACGCGGUGAACGAGGCAGAGGAGACCGCGAGCGACAGCAUCGAGGCGACUCGCAGGACUCGCGGCCGGUGGAGAGGGAGCCGCGGCGCGGCGAGCGCCAGCGCUCGCGCACACCGGAUGGCCUGCCCAGGAAGAGCGAGGCCAUCAAUGCCGCGCGAUCGGCAUAUGAGGAGUCAUGCCGGCGUUUGCAGAUGGCCCAAACAGAGGCAGAUGCGGCUGAGGCAGCGUACAAGAAGAUGCAAAAAGCGGCCGAUCACGCUAUUGACCGCAAGGUCGCCGAGGAGAGUGACCACAUCAAGAAAGACGUUGAGGUUAAGCUGGGUGCCAUGAAGGCCGCUGCCAAGAAUGCCUUGGCUCUGGCCCUGGACGAUGCCGAGCUCCAGUUGCGCCAGGAGCUGGCAGACAAGAUCGCACAGAUGAAGAAGGACUACCAGAAAAAGGUUGAGGACGAACACACUCGCAUCCGCCGGAAGCACACGGAGGAGGCUGAGGACGCAGAGGCGAAGGUGCAAGAAGAGGCAGAUGACAAAAUCAAGGAGCUGCGCCGGAAGGCGGAGGAGGAAGAGAAUCCUUGGGAAUGGCAGGACGCCAGGGACAAGGCUGUGGAAGCCUUGCAGAAGGAGGAGGAGAAGUUGGAUUCGGCGAAGAGGCGUCUGGAAACGCUGACAGGUCAACCGGUCCAGGAGCGCCGCUCUCGCUCGCGAUCCUUAUUGCCACGAGACCGAGAGAAGCGCAAGAGGAUUCCGCCCCCACCGCCGCAGGCGCGGCGAGACUAG